AUGACUAGUUACGAAAAUGGUUUGGAAGUUGAACAAGAAGAUACAAAAUCCUUAUCUUCUGAACAUGAAGUAGACCCUGUUGGGGGAACACGUUUGGAAGAGACAAAUGAUGAAGAUGUACCAGAAGACAAUGUUGAAUGUGGCAUUAACGAAGAAUUGACCAAACCUGAUAUUGCGCAAUGGAGGAGCUUGCUUCAAUUUUUGGAUAUUGACAAAGAACCAGAACAUAUUCAGUUUUCAGACUUUGAAGGAGUUUGUAAGUAUGGAAAGCCAUUAGUAAUACUACUUGGGUCUAAUAAUCAUGACAAAAUGUGUGUGUUUGGAGCUGCACUUCUUGAUAAUGAGACUUCGACCACAUAUGAUUGGGUAUUGGAAACAUUUUUAGAGUGCAUGGGUGGUAAGAUGCCGUCAGCAGUUUUAACGGACGGUUGCAAAGCAAUGAACAAAGCACUGGAUAAUAUUAUGCCUGGUGUUCCACAUCGUAUUUGCUCGUGGCACAUACUAAAAAAUGCAAUGCACCAUGUACACAAUAUAUCAUUCCAUCAAGAAUUGAAAAAAUUUAUUUUCAGGUAUUACAAGGAGGAAGAAUGGGAGGAUAAUUGGAAAGUGACUGUGAAUAAAUAUAGAUUGACAGGAAAUGCAUGGGUGGAAGCACAAUAUGGCACAAGAAAGCAGUGGGCAGAUACUUUUCUUCAUGGUAUUUAUUUUGGUGGAGCUACUGCUACCGGUUACAACAAGAUGAAAGAAUACUACAAAAUUAAUUUGACUGAACCGGUUUUGAACCAGACAACUAUGCCGUGUGUGGAGGAUGAAAUUUCUUCAAUUUUCACAAGGGAAAUUUUUACAAGGAUAAGAAAGGAGAUACGGCGUGGCGAUAAUUAUAUUGUCCAAAAGGAUGAUAAGAUAGCAGGUUACACUCUUUGUUUGGUGAAAAAAUAUAUUGGUUCUGGAUUAAAGCGCAAAAAUUUGGAGAGAAGAAGUUUGCCAAUUUGUUUGGUAAAUAGACGUUGGCUAAAAGAUGCUAAAGAAGUUCAACUGUUAACUCAAGGUAAUGAAAGAAAGUGUCCUCAUCCUGAAGUUAUUGAAAAUUCUAGGUACGGUGGUGUAACCACACAAACUACUAUCACGUCGUACAUUGCUACAAGAUCGCGAGAAGCAUUUCAAAAGGCUAUGAAAGUUAUAUCAGAGUUGAAUGCAGAAUUGGAAAAAAAUGCCACCAGAUGA